CUAGCGUCAAUGAAAUUGCACCUUAAUGUAUCAUUGCAAGAGGGAAUGGUAAUGUGAAAUGUUGCAUCGUUGUUAAUAGCGGUUUGUAAUUUGAGUUAAAUACGACGAAUACGUUAUGGCUGACUCGUCCUACGAAAAAGGAUUGACUGAACUGUCAAAAAUGAAGGUGGCUGAUCUAAGAGCAGAAUUAAAGCAAAGAGGUCUUCCCACUGUGGGCAAUAAAAAUGAAUUAGUAGAAAGGCUUCAAUUAGCAAUCCAGGGAGAUUCAGCCUUAUCUCUGGAUGAAACUACGGAAGAAAUUUUAGAUGAAGAUGAAGUACUUGGUGAUGAAGAAAUAGAAGAAUUAUCAAGUAAACCAGAUUCACAGGUACUCCCUGAGAAGCGAAAAUUAUCAGUGGAGAGCAAUAAUACUAAUGCGAAAAAAAUAGUGCUGAAUCGCAAACCUGUACUUGAAGAAAUUAAAAACGAUCAAGUGGAAAAAAAUGAAAAUAAAAAUGUAAAAGAACCUGUUACUGCGCCACCAGAGAAAAAGAUUAUUAAAUUAUCAGAACUCAGCACAAAAGAGAGAUUAGAGAUGAGAGCUAAGAAAUUUGGAGUGCCAUUAUCUGAAGCUGCAAAAAAAGAAGCUAGGUUAGCUCGAUUUAACGUCAAUAAUCAAAAUAAUAAAUCAGCUGCAUCUAUAAAAACACCUGUGAAUACUACUUACGAUACAUUGAAGAAACGUGCAGAAAGGUUCGGGACCUCUGUAUCUACUUUGAUGGAAAAAGCUGAAUUGGCUGAACGAUUGGAAAAAAGGAAAGCUAGAUUUGGUGAAGUACAGCCCAACGAGAGUAAGGUAUCUUACAAUAAAAUUAAGAUUGUUAAAUGAUACUCGGUAUUAUAUACUAAAACAGCGAUCUAAGUUAAUUAUAAGUCUUAAAUUAAGUUUACCUUAUUUUCAAUAAAGCUAUUAUAUAUAAAGAACAAUGAAAAUUAUUCACAAAUAAUUGUACUUAUAAGUACAAUUGUUAUUUCAGUAUUGAAUAGUUAAUAUUUAAUUCGUUUACUUUAUGUUUUUUAUAUCGUAUUUAAAUUUCUUAUAAUGAUAAAUAAAGGUAGCCCUUAGAAAUGUAAAUAAAUGUAUUACACUAAUAAAACCCAUGCUGCAUGUCA